AUGAUAAAAUGGGCAAAAAUUAAGAAAAUCAUAGAAACUAACGGAACGUUUGCCAAUUUCCUAUUGAAAUCUGUACUAGGAUUUAUGAGUGGCAUCGUAUUGACUAUGGGAAUGUUCAUGUUUCUGUUACUGCAACUAAAUUAUUCUUACACCAAGGCAACAGUUAUAAGUUCGGCAAUUGGGGGCGUUCUAACAUUAGGAUUGGCCUUUUCUCCAAUUUGCAGAUGUAUUUUCAUGAUGGUCUUGCCACAAUUAUUUUCGGAUAAGGGUCGACACGCUCUACUUAUGUAUGCGUUUAUUUUAUCGUUUUCUGGACCUUCCAAGACUACAUUACACAAUACUGGAGUCUUAUCGGAAUCGCUCACAUGCUUGCAGGAUGAAAUAAAAUCGGCCAUACGACAAAUAGUUGAAAUAAUAAAAAAACCACUAUUGGCCAUCCGAUCUUCUAUAACACGCGUAAAGGCAGACCUAGCAGUAAUAAUAAAUAAAAUGAAAAAAGGAAUGUUGGCCGUCAAGAAUACUGUGAUGGAGUUAGGUUUAAAGAAUUACGUUCGGCACAUGAAAAACAUGUUUUACGUAUCCAUCGAGUUCAAACAUUCGUUUGCAUUUGAGUCAACACCGAGCAAAUUGAGUAGUGACAUUAUUCGCGGUAUUAUUACCGAAAUUAAGUACAAGAUCGAAAAUGUCGUACUGUUGUUUGACUGGGCUGGAUCAAUUUUUUCGUUCUUCUUUUUGUACGUGUUUGUAAAAGUGUUAAGAUACAGACAGAGGUAUUUAACGGUUGAUUCGUUUGAUAACAAAUAUUUGACAAAGGAGUUAUAUGAGCUAGAUGAACGGAAACAGAUCCUUGAUCGACCGACCAUAAUGCCGUUGACUAGAAUAGAAAAAAAUAAAUUCAUAGAGCGAACAUCUAUUAAUUUAAUACCGAGAGAAAAAAAAGCGUUGUUCCGGUCAUUGGCUAUACUAUUAUUAGCGACAUUUAAGAUACUCAUACAAAUGGCGGUGGAUUAUAGUCUUUAUUGGAUAUUGAUCACUGUCAGAAAAUAUGGAAGACUGUCAUCACAACUCGACCGUAAAAACAAUAAGACUGUUGUAUAA